GCAGAGAGAAGAGGCCCGGCUGCAACGGCUGCUGGGCAGGCUGAAGGGUCAGGGGAUGUUCGACGAGGUGCACGAAGACACGGUGGACAAAAAUAUAGUGAAAAAAAUUGCCAUCCUGUACGACGUGUUCAGGAGGAUAAACGAAGGGAACGGAGCGAUUAUCGGGAGCAGCAACUCCGACUUUGUAUACACAAGCGACAUUAAACAUGCAUUAAAAUACGACGACUUCGUACGUGUGAGGUUCCACAUCAUCCCAAGGGAAAGAAAAAAUGGAAUCCUCAAAUUGGAACAGGAGGAAAAAAAUUAUCACUUUAUUGAAAAUAUGAAUCACAUCGUUAGCAACGUUUAUAACCCCUCCAGUUACGACCAAUUUUUAAGUAACCGAGUGGAGGAAGACAAAGACAAAUUAAAUUGCAUGAUGAAGUGUUUGAACGAAAUUGAGUCUGCAUAUAUAUACAGAUAUCGUAGUGACAGCAACAUAAAAUUGACGUUUGAAAUUUUUUGUCACAAUUUCUACACAUUUUUGUCGUAUGAUUAUAAAAAGAAAUCGUGCGUACAAAAUUUCCGUAACAAAUAUGACAAUGUGCAAGUGAGCAACCAUUUUCAAUUAUCCACUCCUCAGAAUAUGAUUCACGUAAACUCGAUCGGGACUGUGAUGCACCCCUCCACUGACCCGUACGAGAGAGAUACUUUGGAGAAACUGAAGCCCUUCAUUUUGGAGUCCCUCGAGAUGGUCAAGGAACUGCAUGACACGGGGGAUAGGAGACACCCCCCCUUUGGGGGGGCACAACUGGAUAAUGAUUUCUUUGUUAAGAAUACCCACUACGAGGAUGAUAUGCGCCGCCUCAUUCGCAUGGAGAGCGCGGCCAACGAGUACAGGCGCUUGCGCGCGGGCCUGGCAAAGCGGUUGAGCGG